CUCCACCGACCGCUCCUCCCAACGAAUCGGAAUCGAAGUCGAGCGAUGGAGGUCUCCGGCGCCGUGCUCCGGCGAAACCCGGCCGUCUCCGUCUCCCCGUCUCUCCGAAAUUCCGGCCGCCCUGCCCUCGCAUGCUCGUCGACGGUGGGGUUUGGGAGGAGGGCGAGCGUUUCGGCUCGGCCGAUGGGAGCUUCAACUGAAAGCGGAGGCGGCGGAGCGGUGUUCGCCGACGUGGGACACCUCAACUACUACGCUUCCCCGGUGAGGAGCGGCGAGGGGAAGAGGAAGAAAAAAGAGCAGAAAAAGAGGGCGAAGCUGGUGAAGGGGCUAUCGAGGGAUCUGACCACGUUGUUCACGUUGGGGAUCGGCGCCGAUGCCGGCGAAGGGGUUGCCGGAGAAGUCAAGGGGAAGAUGAUCUCGGAAGCGGCAGAGAUUUUGCUGGCAGAAUUAGAACAGCUGAGAGCCCAACAGAAGGAGAUGAAGAGAAAGCGGAAGGAAGAGAAGUCUGCGAUGAAGGCCGCAAGGGCUAAACAAUGUGCAAUGGCUGAAUCCUCCUCGAGCUCUUCAUCGGAGUCGAGCGAUAGCGAACGCGAUGAGGUCGUCAAGAUGAGAAAUUUUGGAGCUGCUGCUGUCCAGGAACCCAAAUUGGAAGACCUGGCAAUUCCAUCUGCAGAAGCUGAGUGCAGUCCACGACCUUCAACUUUGGAGCCUAAAGCACUGAAACCUUCUCAAGAAUGCUGUGGUACCGGCAGUAGUGCAUGUGUUGGUUGCUGUAAUAGUAGUAGUACGAGCAGCAGCACAUCAGGAGUCAGGAAACCGAUGAACAAGAUUGAGGUUUGCAUGGGAGGCAAGUGCAGGAGGUCUGGUGCGGCAGAGCUGAUGGAGGAAUUCGAGAAGAUGAUCGGCGUCGAAGGGGCCGUGGUUGGCUGCAAGUGCAUGGGCAAGUGUAGAGAUGGACCAAACGUUCGAGUCUUGGAUCGCAGCAAUGGCAAUGGCCAGGAAGCAGUCAGGGUUCCCAAGAAUCCCUUGUGUAUUGGUGUCGGAUUACAAGAUGUUGGCACGAUUGUGGCCAAUUUCUUUGGGCAGGAGAGUUUAGGGCUUGUGGCAGCAUAGGGAUCAACCAAUUUGUAUAUAAAUGUCUUCGUUCGUUUCUGCUCCCAUUGUUUUAGUAAAGCUUUCUUAAGUUUGUGUCA